GCGGGAGGGAGCGCGGGGCAGCCCGAGCACGAGCGCGGGGCAGCCCGAGCACCUCGACGACCCUCGCGUCCCGGAACCGCGGACCCCGAGCCCCCGAGCGCCAAGUCGGCGGCGAGCAGCAGGAGGGGGCGCCGAAGCCGAACCCAGCCGCGUGCACCCCGGUGACGCCCGGCCGGCAGCUGCGGAGGGAACCGGAGCCGCCGGGCGGCCGGGGCCGAGCAGAGGACAACGAAGAGGAGGCGGCCGGCAGAACGGAGCGCCGGGAGAGCCCCGCGCGGGAGGCCCCCGGGACCGCGCCUGAGACGGGGCCGCGCUCUGUGCGCCUCUCGCGGGUUUCCUGUAAGGAGCCCCUGCUGGUGCACCACACCUACCGGGGGCUGUCCACCUGACUGCCCCAGACUCCGGCAGCGGGGCCCCCGAUGGCAGUGGGCACCUCCCCGUGAAACCUGCCAAGCUGGACGCCACAGCUCCGCACGACGACACUUCGGCCAACUCUGUGCCCCCUUUGGAGGCGUGCAGCCAUGCAGUCCUAGUCUGCAGCCCGGGCAUCCCUGAGGAGCACUAUGUAAGCGAGGCUGUGGAAGAUGCUCCCAGCUGCAGAGGGUACCGGGAUGCCUGCACCAUCACCGACGUGUGCAACAGCACCGAUCUUCCGGAAGUCGAGAUCAUCAGCCUGCUGGAGGAGCAGCUGCCCCAUUAUAAGUUAAGAGCCGACACCAUCUACGGUUAUGACCACGACGACUGGCUCCAUACACCCCUCAUUUCUCCAGAUGCCAACAUUGACCUUACAACCGAGCAAAUCGAAGAGACGCUGAAGUACUUCCUUUUAUGUGCUGAAAGAGUUGGCCAGAUGACUAAGACGUAUAAUGACAUAGAUGCUGUCACUCGGCUUCUUGAGGAGAAAGAGCGGGAUUUAGAACUGGCUGCUCGGAUCGGCCAGUCGUUGUUGAAGAAGAACAAGACACUAACGGAGAGGAACGAGCUGUUGGAGGAGCAGGUGGAACACAUCAGGGAGGAGGUGUCUCAGCUCCGGCAUGAGCUGUCCAUGAAGGAUGAGCUGCUUCAGUUCUACACCAGCGCCGCGGAGGAGAGCGAGCCCGAGUCCGUGUGCUCCACCCCGUUGAAGAGGAAUGAGUCAUCCUCCUCCGUCCAGAAUUACUUCCAUCUAGAUUCUCUUCAGAAGAAGCUGAAGGACCUCGAAGAGGAGAACGUCGUACUUCGAUCGGAGGCCUGCCAGCUGAAGACGGAGACCAUCACCUACGAAGAGAAGGAACAGCAGCUGGUCAACGACUGCGUGAAGGAACUGAGGGACGCCAAUGUGCAGAUCGCCAGUAUCUCAGAGGAGCUGGCCAAGAAGACUGAGGAUGCUGCCCGCCAGCAGGAGGAGAUCACACACCUGCUGUCACAGAUAGUCGACUUGCAGAAGAAGGCAAAAGCUUGCGCGGUGGAAAAUGAAGAGCUGGUCCAGCACCUGGGGGCCGCUAAGGAUGCCCAGCGGCAGCUUACGGCUGAGCUGCGCGAGCUGGAGGACAAGUACGCCGAGUGCAUGGAGAUGCUUCAUGAGGCACAGGAGGAGCUCAAGAACCUCCGGAACAAGACCGUGCCCAACACCACAUCCCGGCGCUACCACUCGCUCGGGCUGUUCCCCAUGGACUCCUUGGCAGCGGAGAUCGAGGGGACGAUGCGGAAGGAGCUGCAGCUGGAAGAGCCCGAGUCUCCCGACAUCGCGCACCAGAAGCGAGUCUUUGAGACGGUGAGAAACAUCAACCAGGUCGUCAAGCAGAGGUCUCUGACCCCGUCCCCCAUGAACAUCCCAGGCUCCAACCAGUCCUCAGCCGUGAACUCCCUCCUCUCCAGCUGCGUCAGCACCCCCCGGUCCAGCUUCUAUGGCAGUGACGUUGGCAACGUUGUCCUGGACAACAAGACCAACAGCAUCAUCCUGGAAGCAGAGUCCGAGGACCUGGGGAACAACGAGCGGAGCAAGAAGCCCGGGACGCCGGGCACUCCGGGCUCCCACGACCUGGAGACGGCACUGCGGCGGCUGUCCCUCCGCCGGGAGAACUACCUCUCGGAGCGGAGGUUCUUCGAGGAGGAGCAGGAGCGGAAGCUCAGGGAGCUGGCGGAGAAGGGCGAGCUGCUCAGCGGCUCCCUCACGCCCACGGAGAGCAUCAUGUCCCUCGGCACCCACUCGCGCUUCUCCGAGUUCACCGGCUUCUCGGGCAUGUCCUUCAGCAGCCGCUCCUACCUGCCCGAGAAACUUCAGAUCGUGAAGCCGCUGGAAGGCUCUGCCACCCUUCACCACUGGCAGCAGUUGGCCCAGCCCCACCUAGGGGGCAUCCUGGACCCCCGGCCCGGUGUGGUCACCAAGGGCUUCCGGACACUAGACGUUGACCUGGAUGAAGUGUACUGCCUUAACGACUUUGAGGAAGAUGACACAGGUGACCACAUUUCCCUCCCGGGCCUAGCUACCUCCACGCCAGUUCAGCACCCAGAGACCUCAGGUGAGGGGUCCCGAGCACGCGAGACUGUCUCAGGCAGCAGAAGUUUCCCACGCCGGCCUCAGGCUUUCCCAGAGGAGAUGCAGGAGCCGCCAGCGGCCGAGCAGAAGGAGGAGGAGGAGGGGUCUGCUCACCAUCCUGGGAAGUGCAUGUCACAGACCAACUCCACCUUCACCUUCACCACCUGCCGCAUCCUGCACCCCUCAGACGAGCUCACACGGGUCACGCCAAGCCUUAACUCGGCUCCAACUCCAGCUUGUGGCAGUGCCAGCCACUUGAAGUCCACGCCGGUGGCCACCCCAUGCACUCCACGGAGACUGAGCCUGGCCGAGUCCUUCACUAACAUCCGUGAGUCCACGACCACCAUGAGCACGUCUCUGGGGCUGGUGUGGCUGCUGAAGGAGCGGGGCAUUUCCGCGGCCGUGUAUGAUCCUCAGAGCUGGGACAGAGCCGGCCGGGGCUCCCUCCUGCACUCCUAUACUCCCAGGAUGGCCGUGAUCCCCUCCACCCCACCCAACUCACCUAUGCAGACGCCCACGUCCUCCCCACCUUCCUUUGAGUUCAAGUGCACGAGCCCUCCCUAUGACAACUUCCUGGCCUCCAAGCCGGCCAGCUCCAUCCUGCGGGAAGUGAGGGAAAAGAAAAACUUCCGGAGCAGCGAGAGCCAGACAGACGUGUCUGUCUCCAACCUCAACCUCGUGGACAAAGUCAGGAGGUUUGGCGUGGCCAAAGUGGUGAACUCAGGGCGAGCCCACGUCCCCACCUUGACUGAGGAUCAGGGACCUCUCCUCUGUGGACCUCCGGGCCCUGCCCAGGCCCUCGUCCCCGGUGGCCUGGUCCCUGAGGGUCUGCCCCUGGGAUGCCCCACCGUCACCAGUGCCAUGGGUGGGCUGCAGCUCAACAGCGGCAUCCGGAGGAACCGCAGCUUCCCCACCAUGGUGGGGUCCAGCAUGCAGAUGAAAGCGCCUGUGACUCUCACCUCGGGCAUCUUGAUGGGUGCUAAGCUCCCCAAACAAACUAGCUUACGGUGAGGAGGGGAGGGGGCCCUUCCCCUGGAGGAGACCAGGCUUGCUCCUGCCUCCCUCUCCUCCCCCACUCUGCACUGCGCACUCUCCCUCUUUCCUCCACCGUCCCUCCCCUCUGAGCUAGACAAAUCAACCUCGUGCCUAUUGGGGGAAGAGUGGAGACUUUGUAAAGUGUGUUCAUAGGACUUGCAGACCUUGUGUCCAUCUGCCCUUUCUCCCAAUCCUGCGGGAGGGGCCCCCAGCACCAUCCCUGCUCUCACAGGGACUUGGCCUGUGUUAGCCCGAGGCAAAGGGCAGGCGGGUGUCCUGUUCUCUCCUUCGAGAAGCACUGAAACUCCCAAGUGCGUUCUUAUCCCAUGGAUAGGAAACCCGUGAAUCUGUGGCUGGCUCCCAGUGCCACACAUUGCGAGCUGGUACGCGGCCCGUGUCGCUGGGCGCCUCGCCUCCCACACCCCGGGGGAGCCGCCGAGCCUCCGUCUGUGGCCACACGCAGCUGAUGUAGCUUCCAGGAUGGCAGGGCUGUACUUCCUCUUCCAGGUGGCCCAGCUUCCUCAAGACCUUCACUCGGCUUCAAUGGAGAGUCGCUUCUUUUUUGAGGUGUGACUUUUUCUUUCCAUGCCUUCAACCUGAGUCAUCCUUAGAUGUCCUGUCCUCGGUCCGCAGGCCAGACGUCAGACCUGAAAGAAUGUAUUGACACUCCCGCUGUGUUCUGUGUGAGGUCUUACUUUUUCCAUUUUUUUAUAUGCAGGGAAGUAAUGGUACUAGAUGGAAAGUCGCCGUCUCUGUUUUCUCUGUGGCUCUGGGACACGGAAAUCCGUUUCACACAUACCCAGUCGCUCGUGAGAUAGCAGUGGAGUUUGGGGACCCAGGAUCACAACCAGAUUAAGACCAGACCCAAGACAAAUUUCACAAUAGGGUGAAAAGGAAAGGGGGCAGGGGAAAAGGGCGUGGAUGGAAGGUGUCCACGGGAAAAGUAAAAAGAACCACCCCCAAAGGUAAUGCCAAACUGGUUCACAAGGGCAGUGAGGCAGUCCUCGCUGUGACGUCGGAGGCUGGCCCACGUGCUCCCAUGUACGUGGUUUUUACGCACACAGCUGAUGCCCGCACACCUUGCCCUCGUGUUUCAGGACAGAGUGGUCACUACACGAUCUUUUCUCCUGCCACCUGCCCCACCAAAGCCUUGGUCUCCGUGUGCCACUAUUUAUCCCUAGGAACAGAUAGAGGUGCUCGUGGGAAGAACCAGAAAUGAACAGAGGGGAGCCUGAUCCUGUUGCCAUCACUGACCAAGUUCUGAACUUUUAUUUAUUAUGUGUGUGUGCUGUCCUCUCCAGUUCUGGCCACAUGUGUCUGUGGCCUUCCACUCUGAGCAGGUAACUUAUUUAUUCUCACCUGAGGGCUGUACUGCCCAGCACAGUGCUCCCUGGUCCUUUGUUCCAGGCAUUUGUGGAAGGGUGACAUCGUAUGCAGAUGAAAUUGUCUUGUUGCCAUCCCCUGUUCCCCGAGCCCCCCCACCCUGGCAAAAAUGUGUCCAACUGAGUGUAAACUGCCCACUGAAGACUUUGAGAACAUCUCAAAGGAGCAAGCUCCAGUCCCACCCUUCUAGAUUACUUACUCUCAGAACUCGAGGCGGAGGGCUGGUUCAUUAUUUUCAGCUCCCCUAGUGGUUGUAUGCGUGCACUCACUGCAAGGAAAUUCUUUGUAUUGGAAUGUAUUUUAAAGCAGUAGGUAGAAUAACAAAGGAAUAUGAAAACCACGAAUUGAAUGGACCACUUCAUGUAUUCAGAGAGGAGCCACCCAUCACCACAAUGGAAAUACCAGUGUAAAAAUCAGCAAUUCGGAGGUUGCAGUAUUUAGUAUAGUUAAUGAUCAACCUUGUGCAACCACCACCAACAGAGUGUGUUGUCAUGCAUCAAAAAACAAAAACAAAAAUUUUAUUCUCUAAUAUCAAUAAAAGAAGUUCAAGUGAUGGAAACCACA